AUGAUGAUCAAGUACGGAACCUCCUCUCUAUGUAAUCUAGUCAACUGUAUAACACCCUCAAUUAAUCUAUCCAACUACACACUCCGAGAGACCUCUCUCAUUGACCCUAAAUGCAUAAAACAACAACAACAACUCCUCCGCACGGUGUAUACACAACAACACCCCAGCAACACCAAAUUCCUCCGCUCCAGCCCAUUCCCAUUCUUUCACUCCCCACCACUGCAAUCAGAAACCUACCACCCAACCUCAAACCAAGGAACAACCGUAAAGUACUAUCGGGGAGAUCCGAAGCGAAGAUCAUCUCCAUUCUGGGAAUCAAGGGAUGAGGAUUUUAGAAGAAGGUUGAGUUUACUCCAUAGUGGAAUUUGGUUCGUUGGGGCCGAGUUUACGACAAGGAUUGAAGAAGGAUGGCGUGGCAUGGACGAUCUUGCAGGGAUAUGGUGGUUCGUUGUUCCGUUGCUUGGUCAAAACUUAAUGAAGGACAUGUUCUACGACAAUGGCUUUGUGGUAUUGUUCAGAAAUCUGAUUCUCGAUCUGCACAUGGACGUGGAUCAACUGGCCAGUCGGGCCAGGCACCAAGGCUGCCACGUGCUGCCGCCUGCAGCGCAUCUUCCCAGUUCCACCUCACAGUCCAAGAUCGACAACCAACAACCGGCUGGAAACAGCACACCAUCCGGAAUGGAUACGAUGAAAACAUGCUCCUCACCGUCUAAUCUCCGCCGCCCUCGUCAUCUGUUUCAGACCCAUCGAAUUAACAUCCUCUCGGGCAAUAGUGCAAUGGAAUCAGCAGCCAAGGCACGGUCCAGCUAUUCGGGACCGCGGCGAGGAACAAUGCGAUUCGGAGAUUAG